CAGGGUGAGACGAGGCUGCGCAGCUCGACACACUCACACACACACCGCCACAGACAUGAACCACCUGCUGAAAGUUCCAUUUCUGGCCGGCCGGGCCUUCAGCAGCUCGGCCAGACAGCUGAGGAACAAAGUCCCCGAGGCCCAGAAACUCUUCCAGGAGGACAACGGGCUGCCCGUCCACAUCAAGGGAGGAACAGCAGACGUCGUGCUCUACAGGGCGACCAUGAUGUUAACCAUCGCAGGAACCUGUUACUCCUGCUACUGGCUGCUCACCGCCUCCAUGCCUCAGAAGAAACAAUAGAGAAGCAUCAGACGGGCUUCGGGCUCAGACUAUCGCCUGGAGACCGACGCUCUGCUCCUUCUGACGCUAAUGUUUGAUGUGUACAUUAGAUUUUAUCAUCAGCCGUCCUACUGUUAUUAUGGCAAUGAUGACUAUGUUAAAAGAAAGUGUUAAAUCUUUAA